AUGGCCGCCGCUCUUUACUCCAUCCCGACCUUCCAGGGCUUCCGCCCCCUCAACAAGUCCCUCGACUCCCCGAAAAUCGCCUACUGCCGGCCGAUCUCCGCCGGGAAGAGGCGCAUGGCCGCCGGCGCUGUGAGGGCGGAGCUGAACCCGUCGGUGGUGAUAAGCCUUAGCACUGGGCUAUCGCUGUUCCUGGGAAGGUUCGUGUUCUUCAAUUUUCAGAGGGAGAACGUGGCUAAGCAGGUGCCGGAGCAGAACGGCGUUUCCCACUUCGAGGCCGGCGACACCCGCGCCAAGGAGUACGUCAGCCUUCUCAAGUCCAACGAUCCCGUCGGCUUCAACAUCGUCGACGUCCUCGCCUGGGGUUCAAUCGGCCACAUUGUCGCCUAUUAUAUCCUCGCAACCUCCAGCAAUGGAUACGACCCCAAGUUCUUUUAA